ACCAAACCAGAAGUCCUUCUUCAGUCCAUAUCUGCACUCUGGAUUAACCUGCAAAGCCCCGAGGUGGAUCCUCGGGGUAGACACUCCGAUGCUUAAGUCAGCAAUAAUCAGGGCUACCUUUAAAGCGUAGACACAAGGAGCUUAGGGUUGGUUUCAAUUACCUUUUGGCAUGGCCCUUAAGAGAAAUUGAGAUGUCUUCAGAAAAGGCCAGGAGUGUGGUGGGGAGUGAAGUGAUGCCUUUGGAGUAUGGUAGUAUGGAUACGGAGAGCAGUCCAUCUCCAACGAAUGGGUGCUAUGACCCGGACUUAGAGAUAGUGUCUGAGGUGAGGGGGUAUGUGAGCGAAUUAGGUAGUAGGAGUAGCCUUAGGGGGUUAGUGGGAAACUGUAACCUUCCCCACCAUGUCCUAAUCCGGCCGGCCGGGGUGAAUGAGAGGGCAUGCUCAGCACCCCGAGACCAUUGGAUGCCCAUAUACCUGCAUUAUUUGAUUGCAGGGCUUAGGUUUCCCAUUCCAGAAUUACUGGUUGAGCUUUUAUUAGAUUAUAGUAUAGGAAUAACCCAGCUAACUCCCAAUGCCAUGAGGGCAGUAAUAGGGGGGAGAAGGGAUGGUACUACUUCGGCCCUCGGUCGUCCAGUAAAGGGAAUAGGACUUUAUUCUCUGCUGGACCGUCAUCCAUCAAAGGGUGGAAAGAAAAAUUCUUCUUUGUGGACGACACCGAGUGGAGUAGGAGGGAUGCCGAAGUGGAACAGUUGUCUGCUUGGAAAGCUAAGAAAACCAAGCAGAACAACUAUAAUGGGGGGAGAAGAAGAAGAAGAAGAAGAGCAAGGCACUGGAGUUGGGGAUCAAGCAGCAAGGGCCGAAGUGCAGCCUCCUGAGGUGCAUCCAGUCUCCUCUGACGAGGUGCAGCAGCUGGCCCCUCCUGAAGUAGAAGUGCCGCCUCAGCCUGCUGAAGACGAACCCAGGUCCCCACCUCCUCUUGCUGAGGAGCAGCCUCCUCUUCCAGCAGAGUAGUUUAGGUUUUCUUUGCGUUAUUGAUGUAAAUAACAUUGUUUAAUGUAUAAAAUUUUUGAAUUUUA